GCUCUUUCAGUGUUCACAAGGUGUUUUAACAAGUUUAAACGCUGUAUGGCCGAAACGCCUUUCUCAUAAAGGAGUUUUUUUUUUUUUUAGAAAGGGAACAGGGCAGCCAUUUCAUAAACUGCCGUCUCUCCUUACAGUUAUAAUAUUACAAACCAUCUUAUCUAGACUCAUAAUCCCGGCUCGUAAUACAGUCGGAAACAUGGUAUUCUUGUUCUUUCUAGAUUGCAUUUUGACAUGCACCUUUUUAACAGUUGUUGUGAUUAAGGAAUCGGUUGUUAGAAGUAUCCCUGGUCGGGAGUAAUAAUAUUAAUCCGAAAAAGGGAAUGCGGCAAUGGCUACCAUCUUCCAUCAAGACAGCUCAUACUGUACAGUGUGCAUCACAUACGCACCAUUUAUUUAAGUAUCGUACUGUAAUAAGAAAAUACACGGGCUAACUAUUUUAUUUUGCUUGGUAGCCACUGAAGUUUAGUUAUUAAACGGCGUAUUGUGUUGUUUGUGUACUUUGGAAGACGUUUGUUGUUUUAGUUUUAACCUAGCGGCGGCAGCAGCCGCACUUCACUGCACAGCUGACAUUCAUGCCACGUUUUCUUUCUACAACAAUCCCAAGUGCUUUGCACGUCCAUACCAUACAGUUAUAACAAGUUACUUGUUUGCAUUAUGACAAAUCUAAAUGCAUUUUUAAACCGCAGGGUUUUAUUUGAACUUUUGUUUAACUUUUUGGAGAUUGUGGGCUCACUUAUCUGUUUGUUGCUUGUUGACAAAACUAAUAUUUGCUGUAAUAUGUGAGUAUUCUUAUUUGGCUCGCGAUGGCGUUGUCGUGUUUCUUUUAUGGGUGUUCCUUCCCUUACAGUUAAAACUACUUUUGUGCAUUAAGUGGUCUGUCAACACCUUGUCUGAUAAAGUAGAGUGUGCAGAAGCCACAGCUGGAGCACUGUUAACUCUUGUAUAUUUAGCUGAACUGAAAGUAGAGCUAAGUUUAGUUGUUAUAUAGUACUGGAUAUAAUUAUUAGGAAACGUAGACUUGGGAAAUUAGGUGCAUUCGUGUAAAUUGCCCACAAAAAAAAGAAGUGUCAUUCAUCCCCUAUUGCCACAACUGUAUAUGAAAAAAUUGAGCCAUAAGUAACAUGAAAAAGUAGAUCACCACAUCCUGCAUUCACUGUGAGCACUUGGCAAAAUAUACAGAAAAAUAAGUUCGGGAUGGAGAGGAAACCUAAGGGUUAAAAAAAGAAUCAAAACCCUUUAAAAUAAGAGCUGCAUACACUUGUGUUGAAGAUUCUCUUGAGAAAGUUUUGUGACAAUUGGACAAGCAGUUCUCAUGAUUAUAUGCUAAAAUCCCACAGCGGAUAAAACUGAAACUGGAUGGCUGGAUGACUUCAAACACCCAGCAGCACUCACUUAUAUUAGCUCUUUAGACACAAUUAAAAUGAACAGCAGCAGCAGCAGCUACUCCCUUCCCACGAUGGUGCACAACAGCUCAUUGCUGGACAGCAUGUCGCUGUCUCACAGUGCAGCGGGGAGCAGCAGUGGAAGUGACGGGAAGGUGCUGCUGAUCAGCAAGCCCUUCAAGUGCUCUGAGUGUGGCCGCUCCUUCGCCCAGCUGACCGGGCUGGAGCUGCACGAGAUGUCACACGCGGCGGAGCGGCCGUACCCUUGCGAGCUGUGCGGCAAGACCUUCGCCCAGACCUCGGCGCUCACCAAGCACCAGCGCGUGCACACCGGCGAGAAGCCCUACCAUUGCCCCGUGUGCGGCAAGUGCUUUGCACUCUCCUCCGGGCUGGUGCUGCACAAGAGGAUCCACACGGGCGAGCGGCCCCACACCUGCCCCGUCUGCAGCAAGACCUUCAUCUCCUCCUCCCACCUGGCCCUGCACCUGCGCUCCCACACCGGCGAGCGCAAGUACAAGUGCAGCGUGUGCGGCAAGCUCUUCCUGCAGUCCUCCCACCUGGUGCGGCACCGGGCCAUCCACACGGGGGAGAAGCCCUUCCGGUGCCCGGAGUGCGGGAAGAGCUUUGGCCGGUCGUCCCACCUCAAGACUCACCGGCGCCUGCACACGGGCGAGAAGCCCUUCCGGUGCACACAGUGCGUCAAGGCCUUCACGCAGAAGGCAGGUCUCAUCAUGCACCAGCGUCUGCACACGGGCGAGAGGCCCUUCAAGUGCGACAGGUGUGGCAAGACCUUCCGCUCGUCCGCCCACCUGCUUUCCCACAAGGCCCUGGAGUCCGGUGAGCGCAACUUCAAGUGCGCCCAGUGCGAGAAGGCCUUCAAGUCGGCCUCCUCCCUCAAGCAGCACCUGAAGACCCAUGAGAGCCGCGAAAUGUUCCGCUGCGGGGUGUGCCAGCGCUCCUUCGCUCGCUCCUCCUACCUGCAGCUCCACAUGCGCACCCACAGUGGCGAGCGGCCCUACCACUGCAUGGUCUGUAACAAGACUUACACCAAGAUGGCCACCUUCGAGCGCCACUGCAAGAGGCACCAGCAGCAGGACCAAGAAAAGGAUGAGGAGGAGGAGGAGGAGAAGGACGUGAAGCCCCCACCACUGCCCUCACCACCUCAGUCUGUCAAGACCAGGGCCAAGGGGAAAGCCAAGAAGGGCAAGUGAACACGACUGCAAAUCCUGACAGUGCAGCAGGGACGAUAUCCUUAAUACAAAACCAUUGUAUACCAGAUAGAGAACAUCAGUCUCAUCUUUAUUAGAGUUGUGGACACCACAAGAGAGGAAUCGCGGCAGGAAUGGAGUACUUUCCCAUUUAACGACAGCUGCUACAGCACAGCUACAGUGGUAUCCAGGGGGACAGAAAGUGUUCAGGUACACAUAACCUGUGCAGAGACUGAAAUUAAACUGAUCUCCUUUGAGUUUCACAUUCUGUACAUGACUGAUCUGAGCUGAAAGAUGAUCUUCAAAGGACUCCUUUAAAAAUACAUAUAUAUGUAAUACACAGAGCUCGUCAUUUCAGAAUUUUCCCAAGUUUCCAAAGGUUUCAGCACUAAGUAACUUAGGAUAACAACCCUAGGAUAACUAACAUGUUUUAGCUUCCUGUACAAUAACUUCUAUUUCCUAUACUACAAUAAUGGCCUGGGGUGGAGUGCACCAAGCAGGCGUAAGACUUAUUCAGGUUGUAAAUGGGUCGUAAUUGUACGCCACAAAAGAAUCAUAUGGCACAGACUUAAUCCGUUGGAUAUGUUUGAGCUCUAUCAGCGCUAUCGAUUACCAAGACAGAACACUUUCGUCUUAUAAAUGAAAUACGGGAUGACCUUCAAUAUGUGAACCAAAGGAAUGCCGCCAAAUGCUUUUUUUUAUAUAUAACAAAAAUAGAUUAUUAUGUUACCACUUCAUAUUGGAACACGUAAAAAUGCACAACGCUAAAUCGAUUGCUUUAUGGAAUUAGUGACCUUGAAUGACUAAAUGGUACUAAAGGCCUUUGCUGUGACUGUACAAGCAAAAAAAAAAAAAAAGGAUGAAUAAUACACACUGUUUUUUUAAGUUUAUACAAUUAUUGUUGGACCAGAAAGCAACGAUGGAGAGUCAGUUCAGCUCCUGUGAAUCCCAGUUCAAUACACAGGCCGGUAUGGUGCUUUCUUUCUCAUAGGUCUUCUUUCACUGUACUGGGAACUAGGAGCCGCCCACAGCACAAAAAACAAACCGCCUUGCAUAACCUUAGGCAAGUCUGAUCCUGCUUCAGUAUCAGAAGCCACUAAUCAACUCGCAGAUUUCAAUUGUGGGAUCUGUAUAUAUACAGUUGUAGUCAAAAGUUUACAUACCCCAAUGGAAAUUUAUAAUUUCUAGAAUUUUUUUUUUAGCAAAAGUUUUGCUUUUGUGUCUGAGGAAAAAAGUUACAAGAAAUAAAUACAAUUAUUUAUUUCAGCAAUUUUUUUUUUUUUUUCUACAAAACUCCAAAAAUGCUAAUUCAAAAAAAUUCAUCCUUCGAUGCUAUGAUAGUAUUGUCUACAAGGUGCUAGAAAUUUCAGUAUGAAAAUGCUGGAUUGUAGGUGAACAUUCUUAGAGUAUAAAAGGGUUGGGCAUAGGAUGAUGUCCUGUCAUUACCAGUAAGUCAAUAUGGGAAAAAGUAAAGAGCUAUUUGAAGACCUAGGGAAUUAUUUAUUUUCAUAAAGCUGAAGAAGGAUACAAGAAGAUUCCAAGCGUUUGAGUAUCCGAAAUUCAACUAUUGUUUCUAUUAUCAAGAAGUACAAGACUCAUGGUACUGUCACAACGCUCCCUAGGUCUGGAAGAAAGAAGGUUCUUUCACCAAGAACAUGUAGAAGAAUUGUGAGGACGGUUAAUAACAAUCCAAGAUUGACUGCCAAAGAUAUUCCAAGUGAAUUGGCUGCAAGUGGGACUGGGGUUUCCAUUUCAACCAUAGGUCGAGUAUUGCAUGAUGAAGGAAUCAGUGGUCGCAGGCCAAGGAAAAAGCCACUCUUAGGAAAACGUCACAAGGACAAUCGCUUAAAGUUUGCAAAACGGCAUGUGAAUGAUGAAUAUGAGUUCUACUCAAUGGUUUUGUGGAGUGAUGAAACAGAAAUCAAGCUAUUUGGUCGAGCUGAUAAUCGUUCCAUUUAGAAAAAGUCUGGUGAGGCGUACAAAGAAAAGAACACCAUACCUGUCAAGCAUGGAGGUGGUAAUAUCCAUCUAUGGGGCUGUUUUUCCUCUAAUGGCACAGGAAAUUUAGUUCCAAUACAUGGUAAAAUGGAUUCCAUAGCAUACCAAAAGAUAUUGGCCAAUCAUCUGAAACCCUCCGCUUCAAAACUUAGUUUAAAUCGCAACUGGACGUUGCAACACAACAAUGAUCCAAAGCACACAUCAAAAUCUACUUCAGAAUGGUUAAAGAAGAAUAGAAUUAAGGUUCUGGAAUGGCCUAGUCAAAGUCCUGAUCUAAAUCCGAUUGAGAAUCUUUGGUAUGAGUUAAAGAAGUCUGUGCACAAGAGAAGUCCUCGGAAUUUGAAUGAACUGGAACAAUUGUGUGUUGAAGAAUGGUCAAAAAUCACUAAAGAAUCAUGCCAAAAGCUCAUUGACAAAUAUCCUAAUCAUUUAAAAGAGGUUAUUAUUGCUAAAGGUGCCUCAACUAGCUAGUCAUUUCAUUUUCCUUGUCAGGGUAUGAAUACUUUUGAAUUAGCAUUUUUGGAGUUUUGAAAAAAAAAAAUUGCUGAAAUAAAUAAUUGUAGACAUCUAUUUCUUGUAACUUUUUUUCCUCAUCCACAAAAGAUUUUAUAUAUAUAUUUAAUUAUUGUAAAAAUAGCUGUAUGAAAUGGGUUUGAUUAUUGUAAAAAUAGCUGUAUGAAAUGGGGAUCAAUGUUCUGAUUGUAAACAUUGUACUGUAUGUGUUUGUGUGUAUAUAUAUGUUACCUCGUACGCCUACAAUCUUGUCACAUACUUGAGAGAUUCGUUUUUUUCUGUAUAAAAAACAAUAAAUUCUCAAAGCUUUUUACUCCAAUUCAUCAUUAGGACAUUUUUCCUUUUCAGAAAGGAGAAACACACCCAAUAAACUAACCAAACCAGAAAUAAA